CCCAUGUCAAUUUGUAGUUAAUAAAUCUGAACGGCAGGGAAAGAUGAACGGUAGGAUCGCUCGAGGCUAGUUUUGAAGUCGUUGCGCAGGUUUAAUUAUAGCGAGUUUGCAUUUUACUCUAAAGCACUUUUUAUUAAGCGAGUAUUAUUUUUUAGCUUUCUAUAGUCAUUGUUUUAUAUGACAGCAUGUUACCAUCUUCUAACAGGGUAAAACUUAACCGUGUGGCGUUAAAAAACCUUGUUGGUCAACCAGUGCCGCGGCGGAGACGACUCCCGAAGUCGUGGAAUAAUGUUACAACUGACUCCAAAAAAACAGAGCAAAACCAAAUAGUUUCUGAACCAGUGUCGAUAAAAGACAAGACCUCCGUCCCUAACAGCAAUGAACCUGUCCAAACCUCUAAAACCGAACAAUUGGGCCCAGAAAAUGUGACCGAUUCAACCGGUAACACCGCUAACGGAGAGCCGGAGGAGAAUUGCGUAGGUACGCAGAAGGCAAGGAGAAGAAAUAAUUAUCAGCCAUGCAAAGGGAAUAGUAGUGUGGUGGUUAAUGAACAACAAGGGCCGUACACUAGAGGCAAGUAUCAACAGAGCAAACCAAACACCAGGAGCAAGUACAGGUUGCACAGCCUCAAAAAGUUCUGCAACCUCAGACUGAGGUUUACUUGUUGGCUGUGCACUGGCUCUGCUUCAGACAGUGCGUUAUUUAAACGGACAGAGAUCCACCGCCAGGUAAAGCCGAGGCGCACAAUGUCUUGUCAAAUGGAGUUGAGUACCGGGGCCCCCUUGACCACAAGCAAGGCUACAAAGAACAAGACUCUGGUCGAUCUAAAGUCUAAUGUGGACAAAUGUUCUGGUAGUUGUAAAUCCAGACAAGGGAAAACUCGUGUGGCCCGUGUUGCUAAAAGUGGCAGGGACAGAGGUAGAAAGGGUAGGAGCAAAGUGAAGGCCAGGCCCACUGGGUGUGAUCCGCCUCAGCCUGCUGCUUCUGCUGCUGUUGCAAAUACAAGACAAGUGCAAACGGGAACACGGUCGAUACCCACUGGACUGUCAAACAUUGAUAGAAAUAUGCACCCAAGCCCCACAGGACUUGCUGGUUCAGAAGGAUCUUUGAGAAGAGCUGUCAGAGCCUCCAGCUGUGGUGACUGUAAAUACAUUUACUCUCAGCAGAAGACAUUGGGUGAGCAAAGACAAAAAAGCAGUAGCCCAGGGCCAGAGCAGUCUACGGUUGAUUUUAAGAUCAAGAAAGGAAAUGCAUUCACUGAGACCUCUAAGAAGAUUAUCAUAUGGAUAGACCAGUAUCCAAAGGUGACGCUUUGCGACAUAGCUCAAAAAUGUGAUGCUUUUAGUCGUGAUUGCGGCUAUGUGUUACCGGAUGUUCUCAAAACCAAGGUUGUGCGUUGCUUCAAACGGGACAUGAGAGCUUGUCCCAGAAUUCAGUCUGAGAAGAGCAUCUGUCCGUCUCAGAGCCUGACUGAACACCAAAGACACCUGAAAAAACGCACGGAUGUGCACAUGUCAUCUAGUCAUACCACGUGUCAUUCCCUCAACAGUUGGACAAGUGAAGGCUCUGCAACUUCUUCUGCUUCUCUUUUACUAGGUGGACAUAUACAAAAGGGGGAAUGCAGGACUGGCAUGUUGGACAGAGAUGUUGAGGAGGAUCCUGGUCCAGGAUCUUGCCUAAUGGGAUCUGAGAUUCACAGGGACAAAAGAAUAAAGCUUGGGGAUAGUGUUAAAGAUGGGAUUUUGCCAUCCACUCCAAAUUUAGAAAGCAUCCGUCGCAAAGACCCAGCAAAAACCGACUCUAGGGACCAAGAGAAAGCAUGCCAUUGGAUGUCUGUUGACAGUCAGUCAUGUUUAGAGCAUGAGGUUGGGGGCAGCAGCUCUUUUGGCUCAGCUGUGGAAGAAAACGGUGACCACAAGAAACCUUGUUGUGAGCUUGACAAUCCCACAAAAACCGAUGCAGCGCAAAUGUCAUCAGAACUGUUCUGUCAGAGUAACGAGGUGGACACGGAUAACCUAGAGUCAUUCACCUGUCAGAGAGUAAUGGCCUAUCUCAGAAAAACUAAACUUUCUUGUGCACGCACAUACAUGUCCUGGCCCUUCUCUAACAGUGGCCAGACACAUACAGUACAUACUGGUACCACAGGCUGUCCAGCUGAUCCAUCAGAUAGACAUAACAGCAACUCUCCAUUAGAUCAAAAUCAGCCAUGUUCAUCCAACAACCGAACCAAUGACUUGCUCCCAGAUGCACCUACAGACGCCUCUUCAGGCACAGCCCACCACGUUUCUCAACAAAACGGAGAGAAGCGAGAAGUGGCUGAAGAGAGCAUUUUAGCAGGGAGAAAUGGGAAAACACAUGGUAAUAUGUCUUCAUACUCUUUGGAGUUUGCACCUCACAUCAUGGGGGCAAAAGAAUCAUUAGCAGGUAUUCCCUCAGAUACUGCUACCCUUUCCAACCCAAGUCAGCAUGGAGGAGAGUCUGACACUGACACAGUCUCAGCCUCAUCUUCACCAGUUAAUGGACCUGAAAGUGACCGCUCCAUGUCUACCCCUUCCCCCUCAGCACUUGGCCUGGUUGACUGGGAAACUGCCACUACUUUGUCUCCCGUGUCAUCUCCGUUUACACAUGGUUUGAGAAGCCUAUCGGCCACACCAUCCCCUCUCCCACCUUCAUCGUUCCUACUGAAGAAAGUCGAAGGCGUUGAGUUGGCUGAGGCUCAUUCUGCAAGCGCGUCACCCAAAUGUAUGGUCAAAGCUGUAGAAAAAGCAUUGUUCUACUGUGAAGAAACCCAAAUGACUUCAUGGACCCCUCCAAACAACUCUGAUGCCUUUGAAUCAUGUGAUUCCUCCCUCCUGCUCGCUCAAGAUGAGCAAGAAAGUGACAAAGGGAUUCUCACAGGCAGGAGUCCACCAAUACUGGAGCCAUAUUAUAAUAUAAGCCCCUUUAACCAUGCUCUUUUAAAGGAGAGAUCGUUGCAUAACAUCCGCACAGAAAAGUGUGUCGAAACGGGCUCAAAUGAGUUUAUGCUUCCACCACUGCUCUCUCCUGUCACUUCACCACAAGGGAGCCCUAGAAGAAGCCUCCUGCCCCAAAGCCCAGGCUGUUCAGAUGAGAAGGAAAUCAACACCAGAAAACACAAAAUAUUACCUGGAUGUCACAUGCUACACAUUGUGAAUAGCAAUAAUGAAAACUCGGAUAACACAAAUAAUCUUGAACAUGGUAGUGAUGAGAUGGAAGGAGUCUCAGCAAAUUGCAAUACUAUUUUAAGGGAUCCUCAGUCUUCUCCAAGCAAUGUUGAAGAUGUGGAUGAUGGUAAUGAUGAAAAGGAAAGCCAGGAUGGAACUGGUUGUGAAUAUGAUGUUGAACAGGGUAACAAAAAAUCAGAACAAGUUCCCUCCGACCCCAAAAUAAAGGGAACUCUUACCUCGGGUGCUCUGACAAAACCCAGCUCUUCUCCCAGCAGUGAUGACGAUGAUGGUGGAGCCUUCAGUGAUGAGAGACAGGCCUGUUCUACUAGAGAAGAGGGAUCUAGUCCAUCUGAAAUAGCAGGCAGUGAAAGUGAUGAAACCGAUGCAGAGGCAGCUGGUGAUACUCAGUGCAGCAUUUUGGAUGAGUUCACAGCUUACAAACAGGAUAUCCUGCUUGUUGAUGUGAUCCAGGACGACCCAGAGCUGUUUGAAAACGUGCCCCAGGAAAGAUUGCUGAAACUAGGUCCCACCAGAGUUACUGAGUCCCCUAAAACCAGACCUAUUGGAGUGGUGAAAACGCUGUUGCCCAAGAUAGGUGAAGCAUUUCUGGAGUUAAAACAAAGCUUGACCCCAGUUCACUGCGACAGUCCUGAUAUCACAGAUGAGAGCGACAGCAGGCCAUGGAGACCUCAGUGUAGCAGCAUCGCUUCCGAAACGCAAAGCAACACAUGGCCUGCUACAGAAAAGCAAACCAAAAACUUGGGUCAGCCUGAUGCCAACAACAAUCAUGUCAACGGAGUCCUGGAGAGGAGCUGGCCCAUUCAGACAGUAAACUCCCUCCGUAAUCACAUCCCUCCACUUGUGACCGCAAGAGAUGCACCAUGGAUCCCAAACCCAGCAAACAUGACAGCAUUCAAGCGACAGAAAUCUAAUGUUUACUGCAGGCAGUACUUCAGCGAGUCGCUGUCCUGCGGGUUCAAGAUGUGUCGCUUCCAGCACGUGCCUGUGGACGGGGACGAGAAGUUGUGCAUUGAAACGGUGAUACGGUUCACCAAAAAUCCAACGUGUCUUCAAAAGGCAGGAGCUGUGUUUACAGGCUACUACCAGAACAACCCACCAGGAGCGUUCUUCUCCAUGCCGGUGCUUCUGUCACUCCUCUGGGCUCUGCUCAAAGCUGGCAUGGUGUCUGAUGUCUUCUCAGUCCUCAGUGUCGGCUUGGAUCACAAGAUUGUGCCUGGCCAUGAGUUCUUGUUGGCCCUCUUUAACAUUGUGAGAGAAAAGGGUCUCAUCGGUGUUGUACCUGAACUCAUGCAGCUCACGUUCAAGAUGGCCGGUGCCGGCCUAGUGCUGAGUUUGGACUGCCUUGACUGUGUGAAAAACACUCCUGAGUUCCAGCAGACAGUCGAUCCAAACUCACUUACGUCUGGUAACCACAAGUUAUCCACCAGUGCACGCUUUCCAGAGUACCUGAACUUGGCCCAUUCCAUUGUGGAAAUAGAGCUUUGUACCAAGCAAGAGGACUGGAGGCGGAUGGGGGUGGUUUUCAGGUCCAUCUGCCAAUCCAGCAAACAUUCCAACCAAGUGGGGCGAAUCAGCGGUCGCAUUGCCAUAGCGCUCCUGUCUGAGAGCAAAGACAAGUUGUCACUGCCCUUUGUUGCCUUUGCUGAGACAGUGUGUCAGAAUGAAGGUGAGGACAGCCUGAUCAUGAGCUUUUUAGGCAGAAUUGGAGUCUCUCUCAUGUUAAGAUACCACAAAACGCAUCAAUGGGCUAAGGGUCGUAGGGUGGUGGAGGUGCUGUCCGUUUCCAAAGUCAACUACUCAACACUGAAGGGUUUGUUUGGGAAUGAGGAUGGAGCAACACGCUGCUACCUGGUCACUGUGGCUACUGAGCUCUUUCUCCUGAGUGGCAGCUUGGAGGGAGCUCUGAACACACUCCGAGAAAACAAAUGGUUCCUGAGUUCGUGCUCGUGGCCGUGUGAGCCUGCUGAUCUGGAGAGUAGGAGUCGUGUGUUGAUGCGUCUGGCUGAGAAAACUUCUCACAGAGACACACUGGAGGUCCUCUGUAAUCUCCCUGGGCUCAAAGAGCCAAACGACUUGGUCGAUAUCUCCAGGUAUGGUCCUCUGUUUAACUCUCACCUACAAGUGUGUGUGGACCGACAGAUACUUCCUGUAGCUUCAGACACUGUGGACUUCAUGCUCUCUAAAAACCUGGCAGUUGACCAUGCUUUGCUGCAGAUGCUUUUGCAAAAACUAGGCAAGCAAAACCUCUGGCUCCGGGCUCGGGAAGUCUUCAGGCACUCUCUGAGUAUGGGGUACUACCCAGGUGUGUCGGCUCCUCCUGGUUUUAUGGCCCUGAUCGUCCCCUGUCGACUGGGGGAGGUGGAGCUGGCUCUCGCCUUUGAGAUGUUCAUCACUGUCAACGCAACGGGCAUUUUCCACCUUUCAGAGACCACCACUUCCUCUCUUAGCAUCACUCUCAAAAGGACUCAAAGCUGUGAGAGCGAGUACCUCUCCGCUGGUAGCCGCAUUCUCUCUGCAGCUUGCAUCCCUCAGCCCAAACUAAGUGUUCACUACACAGCAGUUAACUCGUCACAGGAUCAAGUGUUCACACUUGACAUUGCCUCUGCUCGAUGCUGGCUCCGCCACAAUCAUUUGUGGGCCAAUGAGGUGUGGACACACUGAACCAAACGGUUAUUCCCCUGCAGUACCUGAAAGUACUUAAACUUUCCUUUCCCUGGAAACCUCAUAUGUUCCAGAGACAUCAGUUGACUCAACCCAAUGAAAUCAGGAAAACAAACUCAUGAACAUUUCUGUUGGCUGUACGUUUUGUAACACUAAUGGUCAUAAUUUUAAUUUAGCCUUUGACUAAGAAGCAGAAAAUCACAGACGGACACCAGAACUUUACAAUGUUUUAUUUUUUUUAACAAAAGAUAACUUAUUUUUGUUCAAAUUUGUUUCAAAAUAUGUUUACGGAUUUUUUUGUUAAUUGUUUCCUGACGAGUUCUUCAAGCUAGUUUGUCUAUGCUUUAUGUCACUCAGUGUUUGUGUGAUUUACUAUUUGAAAAAAUAAGUCUGUUGGGGAACGGAGUCCAGCAUAAUUUAGUAGGAUUGUUGUUACAAGUACUAGAUUUAGUUUAUAACAAUGUAAAUAACAUCUGAGUGUGUGUGUGUGUGUGUAUAUAGGUAAAUAUUUAUAAUGUUUAGUCUUUGACAGUAUUAUGUUUCUGUAUUAUCUUAUUGAUUGUCAAAACCUCUAUUGUUGCUUGUUCAAGAGCUGUGAUUUACGUUUUCUUUGUGUGACGUUUUUAUAAACAAAAUAACAUUGUUCUGAA